AAUAAAAAAGAAAAGAAAAAGAAGACAGAGGAAAGAAAGGAGAGCUGGAAUCACAUGGACUUGUCUUUCUCUUGCUGGGUCCUCCAUUUUCUUCACAUCUUCUCUCUAUUCUAACCAUUCUCUUCUUCUUCCUUAGAUUCCUCUCCCUUCUGCCAUGGCUCAGGAUAAGGAGAUGUCUACCUCUGUUAUCAAUGGCAAUGAUUCCCUCACUGGUCACAUCAUUUCUACAACUAUUGGAGGGAAAAAUGGGGAACCCAAACAGACUAUUAGUUACAUGGCAGAACGAGUUGUAGGAACUGGAUCAUUUGGAAUUGUUUUCCAGGCAAAAUGCUUGGAAACUGGGGAAGCAGUGGCAAUUAAGAAGGUUUUACAAGACAGAAGAUACAAGAAUCGUGAACUGCAGUUAAUGCGUGUUAUGGAUCAUCCAAAUGUGAUCUCUCUAAAGCAUUGUUUCUUUUCUACUACAAGUACAGAUGAACUUUUUCUUAAUUUGGUGAUGGAGUAUGUUCCAGAGUCCAUGUAUAGAGUCUUAAAGCACUAUAGCAAUGCUAAUCAAAGAAUGCCAAUCAUCUAUGUAAAACUUUAUAUGUACCAGAUUUUCAGGGGGUUGGCUUAUAUCCACACUGUUCCCAAAGUUUGCCACAGAGAUUUGAAGCCUCAAAAUAUACUGGUGGAUCCUCUUACACAUCAAGUGAAGCUAUGUGAUUUUGGAAGUGCAAAAGUUCUAGUUAAAGGCGAAGCUAAUAUAUCAUACAUAUGUUCACGAUUCUAUCGAGCUCCGGAACUUAUAUUUGGUGCCACUGAGUAUACAAGUUCAAUUGAUAUUUGGUCAGCUGGCUGUGUCCUUGCUGAACUUCUUUUGGGCCAGCCAUUAUUCCCUGGUGAAAAUGCAGUAGACCAGCUCGUUCAUAUUAUAAAGGUGCUUGGCACACCCACACGAGAGGAAGUACGCUGUAUGAAUCCCAAUUACAAUGACUUUAGGUUUCCACAGAUAAAGGCACACCCAUGGCACAAGAUAUUCCACAAAAAGAUGCCCCCAGAAGCUAUUGAUCUUGCAUCCCGACUUUUGCAAUACUCCCCAAGUCUCCGGUGCACUGCGCUUGAAGCAUGUGCACAUCCUUUCUUUGAUGAACUUCGAGAACCCAAUGCUCGCCUGCCAAAUGGUCGUCCAUUUCCCCCUCUAUUUAACUUCAAGCAGGAAUUAGCUGGAGCAUCUCCUGAGCUCGUUAACAAGUUGAUACCUGACCACGUGAAGCGGCAAAUAGGGCUACAAUUUGCUCAUUCAGCAGGAUCGUGAUGAUAUACUUAGGGAAGGCAUGGUGUAUACUAAUUGAUAAGUUAAACGAAAGUGGCACCAUUUUUUUUUGUCUAAAUUACCUUGUGCUGUGGCCUGGCCAAUGUAGUUUCAAGCUGAACCUGGACUGAGACUUGAGGUGCGGGAUGGCUGCAGUUGAUCCGUCAGUGUAUGUAUACCUUUUGGUUCUCUGUUUCUACUGGUGGAUCUUUAUUUUCCCAGGCAAACAUAGCCUUGUUUAUUGUAAACGUCUACAUGUCAUAUAGUAGUAUACUUUGGCCUGAAAUGGUCAGAUCAGAACUCAAUGCUUCUGUAAGGGGAAAACUAAAGCCUUGGCUGGAAGGAAGGGAGGGUCAAGACUUGUUUUGAUGAUGGGGCUGUUGGUUGGCUUUGGUUUCCUCAUGUUGAUAUGUGCCUCAUUUGUAAUGUUGCACACCAGUUCCUUUUCUUGUGAAAUGUAAUGUGUUAUCUACCUGUUUUUUUUUCAA